AUGGGCGGAAAGCGAGAGAAGCAGAAGAAAGAACGACGCGUCCGAAUCAUCGCCGCGGCCACCAAGUUCUUCAACAGCAAGGGGUAUGACGCCACCAGCCUCUCGGACAUCGCCAAAGAUGCCGGAUUGGCGGUAGGCACCGUCUACAAUUACUACCCCUCCAAGGCAGCGCUCCUUCCCGAACUAAAACAAGACGCUGUGGGGCACUUGCACGAACGCUUCGAUGCCCUGACAGAAGAUCCGCCAGGCGAUCCCAGAGAAGCCCUGGGCGCUGUCGCCCGCGUCGUGCUCACGCAAACGCUCGAGUGGGACCUGGCGCUCGGGAAGCACCUGUUGGCGGCGAGUUUUACCGAGCCGGAGAAUGUGGGCAGCCACACGCUGUUUUUCGAGCUCGCGGCUGUCGAAACGAUCCGCACGCUGCUCGAGUACUACACCAAGUCAGGCUCCCUCCAUAUCGCCCUCCCCAUCGAGACCGCCACCGAGGCGAUCCACGCGGCCAUCACCGCCCAGAACAACAUCCUGCUGAUGGGUGACGCGCCCGAUUACCAACAUAUGGAGUUCUUCCUCAAACAGAUCGACGCGCAGCUCGAGUUGAUCCUCUAUGGCUGGCUCCUGAUG